GUUUGUAAUAUUAUUGCACUAAAUUUGCUUUGAAGUCGUUUUCAGGGAAGCUGAAUCUCCGUUGGCAAUUUAUCUAGUAGCGUCUUAUGCAUAGGAAUGGUCCAGAUUUCAGAAAUUGAAGCUUAUCUAUCUUCCAAAUCUAGAGCUGAACACUUUAAUUUAUUAUGUAUUAUUGAAUCAAUUGUCGGUGGGCUGAUGCUAGAACAACCUGAUGAACCUAUAAAGUAUAUCAAAGGUCGCUUAGAAGAUACAAAACGCAUCAACAAAGUUGCAAAUAUACAUAGAGAGUUACACGUUUGGCCACACCACCCAAUACUAAAUUCAUGUAAAUCUUUCACAAACGAUGAAGAGCAAAAAUUUCUAAUGAACCGUUUCUUUCAUCAUAUAAAGAUUUUACAAGGUGGCAACAAAUAUCUUGAAGAUCUUCCUAAAAUUGAACCUAGGGACUUCGAGAUUACAAAUCCAUUAUUUUCACUGACAGAGCUUCAUUUAAACAACUAGUAUGCUAAUAAUGGAUUUAUUGAAUGAUCACGCGUUUUAUGGACAUCUUUAUAAAUGAGGUGUAUUCAAAAUUGUUUCAAAAGACCUUUGUAGUCAAAUUCCAUUAUUUUAAAGUAGAUUUGUGUAGUGUUAGAAAAAAUAGUUGACACACAUAUCAUUUGCAAUUUGUGUUUUCAAUUUGUUAUUUAAAACUAUGUAUACCCAAAUAUAAGAAAAUAAGACUUAU